AUGCUGAGGCUCGGCGGGCGUGGGCUCUUGUUGGGCCUAGCCGUCGCGGCGGCGGCGGCGGCGGCGGCGGCACGGUGGAUGGGCUGGUGGAGCGGCCGCGCUGGCCUUCGCCUUUUCGUCCCCGAGGAGCUGGCCCGCUACCGCGGCGGCCCCGGGGACCCGGGCCUCUACUUGGCGUUGCUCGGCCGCGUCUACGAUGUGUCCUCCGGCCGGAGGCACUACGAGCCGGGGGCCCACUAUAGCGGCUUCGCAGGCCGGGAUGCAUCGAGGGCGUUUGUGACUGGGGACUACUCUGAAGCAGGCCUGGUGGACCAUGUAGCUGACUUGUCGUUUUCGGAGGUGCUGACCCUUCAAAAUUGGCUUUCAUUCUACGAGAAGAAUUACGAAUUCGUUGGAAGGUUGAUAGGACGGUUCUACGGAGAGGACGGCCUCCCUACGCCGGAACUGACCCAGGUGGAAGCCAUGAUCAGCCGAGCCUCGGAGGCGGGCCGGCGGGCACUGGAGGAGAAGCAGACGUUCCCACCGUGCAAUGCCGAGUGGAGCUCCAGCAGGGGCAGCCGGCUCUGGUGUUCCCCGGAGAGCGGAGGUGUGAGCAGAGACUGGAUCGGUGUCCCCAGGAAGCUGUACAAGCCGGGUGCCAAGGAGCCCCACUGUGUGUGCGUGAGAACAACCGGACCCCCUAGCGACCAGUCACCGGGCCUCCCUGCAGACACGAACCGUGGGGACUUGGACCACCCCAGCUUGGGGGAGUACACGGGCUGCCCACCCCUGGCCAUCACCUGCUCCUUCCCGCUGUGAGCCCGUGCCCCAGAUGGUGAUAACCCACAGGGAACCCUGCCUGGAAGCACGCUGCCCACACUCUGCAAACAUGGCCCACACCCCUCACCGAGGGCUCACCCUCCUGUGCCUGAGACCAGAGCGCGCCGGCCUGCCCGGUACCUGUCAGCCUGUUUGUGAUCUACUCGCCAUCCUUCUUCAGAGCCCUCAGACGGUAAUGCGCGCAAAUCUGACCAACUCAAAACUAACUGGGCUGCCAUGCCCGACCUGUAACUCCCCACCCGGCUAGGGCACUGGGGGCACUGGCCAAUCGGAGACAGGCAGACGCGUCCAGAGAAGCCACGGAUCAUUCAGAGCGUCCAUGUAACUCUUCUAGGUUCCCCUGAUUUUACCUCCGCCCCGAGCCAAGCCACACCCAGCUGAUGGGAGCCGAGCCCAACCGGGAGGGGGAACAAUGAAACAGGGCAGGCUAAUCCUGGAGGGGAAGGGCUUUCGCUUAUACGGAGGCAGCAAAUCCAGACGCCUCCGAGCAGCAGUUUGAAGUGAGGAUAUUCUCUCUUAAACAUUUAGAAUUAGGUGUGGGAAAAGUCUGCUUUUUGAUCAAAAAGUAGUUUCUCUGCUGUGAUGCCUCUCCCGGUGGGGUGUGUGUCCAGGGCAACCCAUCACCUCUACGCCGACCCCACUGACCGGAGGAGCUUCUUACUGGGGACCUCCCCUGCCGCCCCCCCGCCCCCCUGCCUCACGGCGCUUCCCCCUCCUGAAGGAAACCCUCCUCUGUGGCACUGAUCUACUUGUGGCCACACUGCGUGUACUCAGGAUCCUUGCUCCCCAGCCCCCCUCGGCUGUGCAGCAGGCUAGACUCUGCCCUCCUCACCCCACGGCCAUGGCCGUCCGGGACUGGCCCACACCUGACGGCCUCCGGGAAACCCUCCCUUGGCCCUUGUCUGAUUCCCUUUUCUCCCCCAGGCACCCCUCUCGGCCCAUGAGCCCCCCCACCAGGUCUCCUCACUCCCACCUCAGCUGCAUCCAGAUAGGCGGCUCCUUGGAGCGCGUCCUAGGCACCCAGACUCCACGCUUCCGGAAUUCAGUCACCUUGUGAUGUCACACCAAGUGAGGACCCCGGCAGCCAUCCAGGACGCCUUCCUCUGCUCCUCCCCUCCUCCCACCCCAUCUCAGGGCCCCGGCUCUCCCCCCACCCCCCCCUCAGCAGCCUCCCCAGCUCCGGGCUGUCCUUUCUCGCAUGGAAGCAGCAAGUCUCACUGUCCUCUCCCACGCCGCCCUCCGCCCUGUUGUGAGCGGUCACCCUGGAUGACCAGGGCACCCCCCCCCUCACCUUCAGUGACUUACCACGUCCACGGCCCUCCCACCACCUCCCCGUGCACCGGGGCACCCUUCCCUGCAGCCUCGUCCACCGCACCGUGCCUGCGGAACCUCCGCCAGGCUGCCCCUCCUGCCUGGACUGGCACCUCUCGGGAGGCAGGCACCUGCGCUCGCCUGGCCUGCCUGCAGCCUUGUUCUCUUGUAAAACGACAACCCGGGUUUCCUGUCCGCCCCUCUCCCUGCACAAGGACGGAGGGCUCCCCAGCUUGGUGUCCUGCACCCCCAAUACCCAGCACGGGAUGUAAGUGCGCGAGUUAGCUCUUAGUCUGCAGAUGAGGCAGCACAGAGCAGUGCAGCUGAGCCUCAAACUCCAGGUUCUUGCCCUGACUCCAUGCUGUUUGCACCCCUCCAUAGCUCGCUGUGUCCCUGUGGGGUGGGAGGGGGCAGGCAAGGCUCACCUCGGGGAGGUUACAGUGGGUGACAGGAGCCCCGCUAGAGCCCUAGAGGCCAUCCUCGGGGUGGGAGUGAGGGACAGUGGGGGGGCCAGGUGCAGAGGAGUUCAGACCCUCCCAAAACAUACUGAAAAUAGAAAUGAACGGAACAAGGCACCCUGUCAUCCCAGCCGAGUGUGGCCGGGGAGGGCCCUGGGCACCCACUCUCUGCCGGACUGCAGGCUGCUCACUUCCUCUUUGCCGCCACCAUGUACUUUAUCGCGAAGAGCUCCUUGUGUUGGGGUGGCGGUCGAAUCUUCAAAGGGCUCAGCCGUGAUGACGCUUGUGGUUACUGGAGCAGUCGCUCUGCUUCGUCCUUCCAGAGUGGCCCCAGGGCAGAGCUCUGGUGGACGGAGGCAGGUCCCCCAGGACAGCUCUGGCAGGGAUGACUCGCUGGAGAGGGAGAUGAUGCUGGGUAGGGGGCUUCAUCUGUUCUCAUGUAACCUCUCUGCCAGCCUUGAGAGGGUCCGGAGAAGGAGCACGACAGAGCUGAGCUGUUCCCCCACAUCUGCUUUCCUGCUGCCCCCACGAGCAGGGCUGCGUUGAGCAUGCUGGGCAGCUGCCCGCCCCCACCCAGGAGUGGAGCGCCUGGGGUCAAAAGGGAGCCAUACCAGACCAUCGCCCAUCCCCGGCUCCUUUAGCUCUGGGACAACUGGGAUCUGAAAGACCCCAUGCACGGGUUGGGGACCUGUCCAGAAAUCCGUGGUGGCCCUCAGAGGAGGAUGAAGCGAACGCCCCACCCCUGUCUUGAGAGCUCCCCCAGCAGCAGAGGCCCCAGACUCCUGCAGGGAAACCGCAGACGUUGCUCCCAUCAGCCCCCACUGGAGGGGACUCUGUGUCCUUGCAUGAGAGGAGGGGCACGUUACCCAUUUCUGAUGACCUCCCUCAAGGAAAGAAACCGUAUGAGCCAGGAAGGACCGUGGUCGCCACCCUGGCUUUAUGGGUGCAGACUAAGGCCCAGAAGUUAGGAUACUUGCCCAAUACUGCCAGCGAAUCAGUAAUAGAACGAAAACCCAGUGCUCUUCCCCGGCUGGGCAACAGUGUGGGAGUCUAUGCAGGCCCGGUUCUUGUUUGUACUCACAUAUUAGGACUAGUGGUCCCCUCAAGGGCGGCUGUUAGGUUUACAGGAGACUGCCCUGUGGAAGCACUUAACAGUGCUCGUUAACCAUGUGAAAAGCCAGCAGAGAACGAGCUCUGUCUCCACAGCUGGUCUGAACCAGGGGGGAGCAAGCUGGAAGACAAGAGAAAGAAAGGGAGCGCGUCCGUCCCAGCACGUGCAACGGCCGGGGCAGCGGGGGGUGGGCAGGGGCGGCAGCUAGAUUUGUAUGAUCUACUCGGGUGUUGUGGGCCCCUCGACUUCACACCUUCCCUAGUGUUCUCUGAAACCCCCAGUGCCAGUCCUCCCUCUAGACCACGACCAGCAGAACCCUCGCCGGGGCUGGAGCCUCCAGAGGAGUCAAGAGGGAGCGCGGCCACCCCCGCAGCCUGGGCUGACGCCGCUUCAGGCAGCCGGUCGGUUAUGCCUAAAACAGCUACUUUUUGACUGCUGUCGCCAACGUGCUUCUGAAAAGUGUCGGAAAUCCAAACUUCCCUAGAGGGUGAGCUAUUUAAGGAACGUGUUCACGUGUCAGGAGUUAAUGGGUUGGCCCGGUGAAGGGUAUUAAGGUGGGCACAAUUCUGCACGGAGCACUGGGUGCUACAUGCGAACAACGAACCAUGGAACACUGCAUCAAAAAAAAAAAAAAUCCGUUUUUAAUGCUUAUUGGUGCUUCGGCAUUAAAAACUACAAAUGUCUUAUUAAAGUUUCCACUUGAAAUGCACAAUUUUACCUCAUUUUAUUGUAAGGAAUUGUUACAGAAAAUGCAAGUAUCAGUAUUUGAAAAUACAUUCCAUUACGUGGACUCCAAAGAAACAACGCCGAUCAAAGCGUCCUGGUCCUACACACGACACAGAGGUCCCGCACUGAGCACCGCGCCCUGGACGGCUUGGAAGCCCAAGCGACCCACCCGCACGUGCGCCUUCAGUUCCUGCCCCCUGCCGCCCUGCCCCCGGCCUCACGCAUCCGCCCCAAGGGGACAAGCCACGAAGUCGAGCGGUCCAGGUGUGUGGUGUGCAACGGGUCAGCGUGUGAUUUAUACCACAAAGGGACCGUCCGGGCAGUGAUCUUCCAGAGAAAGUCGUUAAGGCAUCCAUGACAACUUCGGGGAAUUCAUUAAGUGCUUUUAUCUCGUCAAGCAGUCAGCUCUUCACAAACUACUUUAUUAAAUUACAACGAGAAUGUGGCUUCCACGCCCCUCCUCUUCCGCGGCCGGCGAGAGCGGUCCCAGCGCCGCAAGAAGCCUUGUGUCAGGAGCCACUUCAGUGCCCGUCGUGGCAGCGUCUCACUCACCUGCCACCUGGGGGCUCGGUGCCCCUUUCGGGUCUAAGCAUCCCCCAGCCCCUCCCGAGGCUUUCCCUCCACCUCGCGCCCAAGGGCAAGAUCAGCGCGGAAUCAUUCGGUGGCACGGGCGGGGGCCGCGAGCGGAGCGGGGGCGAACCCGCCGGCCCGCUGGGCUCCGCGCAGGCACGGCCACAAAUGACCCGGGGCUGAGGUAGAGGACUAGCGGGCACGGGGAGCCCGCUGCUGGAGAGAGCACGGCAGGCGAGCCUCGACCAAACCGCGGCCUGGGGCGGGCAGCGCGCGGGCAGCAAACUGCAGAUGCAACACACGUUCUGAUGCGUCACGCGGAGAGACACGCUACCGUCACCGAGAACUAGAAAGUCCUAAGUGGAGGCACUUGAGUUGGGUGGGUGUUCCCGCGCCGGAGGAUCGCAGCAAGCCGGCCACUGGGCGCACGCGCAGCGCGGGCCAGAGACCGCGGAGAACGCUGUCCCGCGGGCCGGGCGGUGAGCAGGCGGCAGGCAGGGCUGACGCCGCGCCACAACGUUCGCGGGUGCACACACCGCGUUUCGGAAAGUUUAUUCCUCACACCUGGCAGCUCUGAAUAAAACUGAGAUUCCGCUACUAGUGUUUAAGCUACGGAUUAAACUGUAACGACAACAGCCCUGCGGUUCCACAGCGCGUCGAGGGCCAGCAAGGGCGGUGCCGGGGGGGGUCCCACGGGCAGCCGCACGCAGCCCAGCGAGCACCCCCGCGGCCCCGGAGGCCCCCCGAGGCUGUGCAAAGGGGCCCCGUCUACACGUGCAAGGGCGCAGCCUGAAGCCGGCGCAGAACUCACAAAAUGCUCCCCCGUUCCGUGGCUGCUCGGUACCACAGCCGUCCCUGGACUCCGUGAAGAAACAGAAGCUGGACUCGACAUAUUCUAAACACGCCUUUGAAGAUUUUUAAGUGCAAUAAGAGGCAAGAUUGUUACUAAAACUGGUAAAGGCAGGGCGGGAGCUAGACCGUCAGCCUCACCCCUGAUGGACUUCCCGUCCUCCGCGCUCCACCAUGAACAUGGAAAGAGCGAGUAUAAAAGUACCAACUACACAACCAGGCCACCUCACGAAGCCCUGCUUCCUCGUGGCCCCGUCAGGCACCAGAAAACAGAAGCUGACCACAGGCCUCACGUAGGCAAGUGUCUGCCAAGACCAGCUGUUCCUCUGUAAAAAGUCUAUAGGAAAUGUGACACAGACUUAGGGGACUGGGGAACUCUUCUAAUUUUUUCUUUUAAACAUUGUGCACAAGCUCGUAUUAACAUAGAAAGCUUAUAUAUUUCAUAAAUCACAGAAAUAUUAAAAAGUA